CAUGACCGCGAGAAGAUGACUAUCACCAGUCGGCAGUCCUUGAAUGUCCUGACGGUCAUUUUCCUCUUGCUGUCCACUGCAGCACUCUCAGCUCACUACCGGGUGUGCGAGCCUUACUCCGACCACAAGGGGCGCUACCACUUUGGCUUCCACUGCCCACGGCUGUCGGACAACAAGACGUACAUGUUCUGCUGCCACCACAAUAACACGGCCUUCAAGUACUGCUGCAACGACACAGAGUUCCAGAUCCUUAUGCAGAUUAACCUCACCACGACCGCUGAUGGAUAUUCACACAAUAAUUACACGGCGCUGGUGGGGGUGUGGAUCUACGGCUUCUUUGUCAUGGUGCUGCUGGCUCUGGACUUCCUCUACUACUCGGCCAUCAAUUAUGAGCUGUGCCGGGUCUACCUGGAGAAAUGGGGCCUGGGGGGCCGAUGGCUGAAGAAGGCCCGCAGUCAGUGGCAGCGGUCCAUGGAAGAAGAGAGCCAAGCCCAGGCUCAGCCCACAGUGCCCGGCCUCUACCAGCCCAGACACAGCCUCCGAGGGGAGAGCCACAGCCCCACGCUGCUGCCCUACAACACAUCCAGUGCGUGGUGA